AGCUCUUAUAGAAGCAUUCGGCGAGCAGCACUGCUUCUUUUUCAUUGUGAAACUUGUAGACUUCAUUCGAGGAUACACCGAGGAAGCAACGUAAAGAGAAGUUGUAGCGUCGGUCAGUCCUUUCGAGUUCAAGCACAACUGAGCGAUCGGCCAAAGAUGUUCGAGAGAGCUAUCGCUGUUCUUCUUGUUUUUCUCUCUCGGCAAUCGGCGUACACGAGAACGAACGAAACUCUCAUCCUCGGCUACCUGACGGGAUCCCAGCGACUUCCCGGUGACCGGAGCUACCGACGUCCAGGACUGGCUAUUUCCGGUGCGCUCACACUAGCAGUCGACAAGGUGAACCUGCGGGCUCCGCUGUCGGGCGGCCUCCGCCUGGGCGUGCUCGUCGCCGAGACCUUCGGCCGAGAGCGGCACAGCGUGCUGCAGACGGCGCGCCUGUGGCGCCAGAACGUCUCGGCUUUCAUCGGGCCCCAGGAGACCUGCAUCCACGAGGCCUACUUGGCCGCCGCCCUCAACCUGCCCAUGGUGUCCUACUUUUGCCUGGGCCGCGAGACCUCGGACAAGCAGCGCUUCCCGACUUUCGCUCGCACGCGUCCACCCGAGACUCACAUCUCCAAGUCGGUGGCCGCGCUGCUUGCCCACUUCGGUUGGCGACAGGUGGCGCUGUUCUACGCCUCGCGGUUGGGUCACGUGGCCGAUGGCGUCAUGUCGACGCUGACGUCGCACGGCGUCCGGCUGCGUCACGUGAGCUCGUGGAACGAGACCUACCACUACGGCUACGGACCGAGUCCGUUCGAGACGAUGCUCAAGGACGCUGCGCCAAAGGCGAGAGUGUUCAUCGUGCUGGGCCAGUACUUCGAGCACAUCGGCCUCAUGGCGAGCCUGGAAGCCCGCGGACUGCUGCAAGGCGGAGAGUACUUCGUCGUCGGCGUCGACGUCCAGCAGUACGACGUCGAAGGGCCCACUCGUUAUCUUACUGGUCUAUUCCGAGAGGAACCGGACCCUUCAGUGGUGCGCGCUUAUCGCUCCUAUCUGGGCAUCGUGGGCUCCCCGGCCUCGGGAUUCGAGGAGUUUUCGGUGGCCGUCAACAAGUACAUGCAGAGGCCGCCAUUCAACAUCGUCAACGCCGCUGACACCAUUGGAGGCAGGAAGAAGAUUCCGUCGGAGGCCGCCUACCUGUACGACGCCGUCAUGGUGUACGCGAGGGCCGUCAACGCCUGCGUCGAGCACGGGGGCGACUUCCGGAACGGCAAGCACCUGUUCGAGCACAUGCGGGGACGAUCCUACCACAGUGCCAUGGGAUACAUGGUGCGGAUGGACGACAACGGGGAUGCCGAGGGCAACUACACUCUGAUUGCGCGCAAGAAAUCAGGCGGCCACGUGGGAGGCGCGUUCGGCCUCUUUCCCGUGGGAGUCUUCGAACUCUCCGGCAAUGGAUCGGCCCUGCCGGUCUUGAAGCUCUUCGACACAAUUGAAUGGAUCAAGGGAGCGCCUCCAAGGGACGAACCUCCAUGUGGCUUCAGCGGAGAGAAAUGUAUCUUGUGGAAGAUUCUGGGCAGCAUCUCCUGCGGCGUGCUUGUCCUUCUAACGAUAGUCGCUUUCGCAGCCUACAGGUACUGGACAUACGAGCAGGCGCUGGACAGGCUGCUCUGGAAGCUGGACUUCCACGAGAUACACAUGCGAGGAGGUCCCACGGGGCAGCAGCAGGCCCCCAAGACGGUAUCGUGCGCGAGCCACGGCGCCAGCGGUCUCUCCGACAACGGCGACGGCGGCGGAUGCGACGGCCUCGUGCCGGGGCCGACGUCAUCGCAGCUAUCGCUGUCGUCACAACCCGAGUUCCGCUACUCGCAGCUCUACGCUCCGGUGGGCGUCUACCGGGGCCGCCUGUGCGCCGUCAAGCGGAUCCGCACGAGGUCGCUGCUGCUCACGCGCACGCUCAAGAGGCAGCUCAACGUGCUCCGCGACCUUCGGCACGACAACCUCUGCUCUCUGGUGGGCGUGUGCGUGGAGCCUCCCAACGUGUGCGUCGUCACCGACUACUGCAGCCGGGGAAGCCUGCGCGACCUCCUGGACAACGAGGACAUCCGCCUGGACAACAUGUUUGUCGCCUCGCUCGUCGCCGACCUUGUGCGGGGCAUGCUGUUCCUGCACGAGAGUCCUGUGCGCAGCCAUGGCGACCUGCGCUCGGCCAACUGCCUCGUCGACAGCCGCUGGGUCCUCAAGGUGGCCGACUUUGGACUGGCCCAGAUCAAGCGCAGCGCGGGUGACGACGGUCACCACGGCAACGGCCAAAGACAGUCCAGGGAACACAGACUUCUGUGGCGGGCUCCUGAACUCCUGCGUGACCCGGAUGCACCACCGGAAGGGACGCCACGAGGUGAUGUCUACUCGUUUGGCGUAGUGCUCUUCGAGAUGCUUGCCAGGUCGGGACCUUUCGGCAAGACUACGCUCACAGCCGCCGAGAUCUUGGAGCGCGUCCGGCGCCCUCCUCUCCACCAAUCGGGGACGGAGGGCGAGAAGGAAGAGCCGCCCUUCAGGCCCCCGCUGUCUCAGCUGGCCGGGCCGUGGGACGUGGAGUACGUACGCGCCCUGCUGACCGAAUGCUGGUCCGAGGCGCCCGACCAGCGACCGGACUUCAAAGCGGUGCGCGCCAGGCUGAGGCACAUGCGUCGGGGACUCAAGCCGAGCAUCGUGGACAACAUGCUGUCCAUGAUGGAGACGUACGCGACCAACCUGGAGGCCCUGGUGGACCAGCGCACCGACCAACUGGCACAGGAGAAGCGACGGGCCGACGCACUGCUGUAUGAGAUGCUGCCCAGGACGGUGGCCGACCAGCUGAAGCGAGGAAAGAAGGUCGAGGCGGAGAGCUUCGACUCGGUCACCAUCUACUUCAGCGACAUCGUGGGGUUCACAAGACUAUCGGCACAGAGCACACCCAUGGAGGUGGUGGAGCUCCUGAACGACCUGUACACGUGCUUCGACGCGGUGAUCGAGAACUACGCGGUGUACAAGGUGGAGACCAUCGGGGACGCCUACAUGGUGGUCGGCGGGCUGGCGCGUCACCCGGGCGUCGCGCACGCCUCCCAGGUGGCGUCCAUGGCGCUUCAUCUGCUCAGGAUCGUGCGUCACUUCCGCAUCCGGCACAGGCCGGACGAGACGCUCAUGCUUCGAGUGGGAUUGCACUCGGGUCCCGUUUGCGCCGGAGUCGUAGGCAGGAAGAUGCCUCGCUACUGCCUCUUCGGCGACACAGUGAACACCGCUUCCCGGAUGGAGUCCACAGGAACACCACUCAAGAUCCACUGCAGCGAGAGCUGCAAGCAGCUCCUCGACAAAGCAGGAGGGUACAUCCUGGAGGAACGAGGACUCGUCUAUGUUAAGGGAAAAGGAGACAUGCGGACAUUCUGGCUCGAGGGUCGAGCAUCUGGCGUCCGGUGCCGUUCGACCACUGGCUUCCAGAACAUUGAAAGCUGGUCAGGCACACACGACUCUCAGCCAUCAGAGGGCAGUCAUUCUUGCCCAGACCUGGGUGCGCCACCCUGGCAGGGCAUCAGCUGAAACCUGGCACACCCAUCAACAUACGUUGAAAUACAAACAUGCCGAAACUAGCAAGAACCCCGUCUUUUUGUUGUUUCUAUCUUUGCCAGCAUCAGUGACAAUGUUGCAAUUCAGGCUAUGACCGGCAAUUAUGGGAGGCGAAAAGUAAGCGACACGAUGAAAUUUACACCAGUGUUUGUCCUACAACAGGUCUAGCGCUUAGUGUUUCGGCCUAUAAAUGCCUUACGGCAACAGCGACACGUUUCACACAUGCGACCUCAGACGGCCUGCCUUUAAUCUGCUCACUUGAACGUGCCUAUGACGGCAAGGUGAGGAAUGCAACAGCUGAAAACAAUGUUACACACUAUUUGAGUACACAGGCAACCAUUCUUUAUUACCUGCUUUGACAGUCAAACUGCAUUCCUCGAGAACAGUUAGAAAAUGCAGCCUGACAAAAGUGGCGCACAGCAGCAGGGAAGAAGUGAACGCCAAUGAGAAAAGGCUCCCUUGCAAUCAUACCAACGAUGGCUGUGCAUUCAACACAUGUGGCAACUGACACAGUUGGGUUAGAUGCACAUCGUCUGCCACUCUUCCAGCUGGGCACGGUAGAAAAAGAA